UUAAGGACCUGACAUCAUACUGAGAACCAUAUGAACGCAAGAAAAAUCGUUGCUGUCAUUCCCUGUGAUCGAGUGGAGUUACAGUUGCGGGCUCACAGAAAUUUGAUAGUUAAAUUUGUAAGAGAUAACGAAAAAAUGGCUCACGUGGAUCAUAUUUUCCAACCGCACGCAGCUACUGUUUCAGAAGAUAUGACGCCAGAUUGGCUUAGUUCAGAACAGAGCACAGGGACGUCAAUCAUGGCAUGUGAGUUUAAUGGUGGCGUGGUAAUAGGUGCUGAUUCUCGAGGUACAACGGGAGCUUACGUCUCCAACCGCUUUGCCGAUAAACUGACGAGAGUGACAGAUUAUAUUUAUUGUUGCCGUUCCGGCUCGGCGGCAGACACACAAGCAAUUGCUGAUGUUGUAGCUUACCACUUAGGAUUGCACCAGAUGGAGCUUGGAACGCAGCCCUUGGUGGAAACUGCUGCUAAUGUAUUCCGUGAAAUAUGCUACAACUAUCGAGAUUCCCUGAUGGCUGGGAUUUUAGUCGCAGGAUGGGAUAAGCAAAAGGGUGGCCAGGUUUAUAGCAUUCCCAUAGGUGGUAUGUGUGUGAGACAACCGAUCUCGAUCGGUGGUUCCGGUUCGACGUAUGUGUACGGCUAUGUGGAUGCCCAAUACAAAUCCAAUAUGUCGAAAAAUGAAUGCCUCAAGCUGGUAGAGAAUACGCUUGCAUUAGCCAUGGCUCGUGAUGGUAGCAGCGGCGGUGUGAUACGAACUGGUGUGAUUACAGAGAAAGGAAUUGAGAGAAAGGUCAUCCUGGGCAAUGAAUUGCCGCGCUUUUACGAAGGGUGAAGAUUAUCAUUCAAUGUUUGUCGUAAUAUGUUUAAUGUAAGGUAUAUAUUUAUGCGAGAUAUAUGUCGCAUUUGCUAAUUAAAAUUAAUGAAAAGUUUA